AUGAUGUCGGACGCCCAGAAGGCCUGGGAGGCCUGUGACAGAACAGAUGCUGCUUUUGUUCUGGUCUGUACCGUGUUCUGCUGGACCAUCAUACCUGCUGUUGGCCUGGGAUAUUCUGGGUAUUCUACCAGACGAAGCGGACUUGCAUCUUUCAUUCCUUCAAUAUUGACCGUCUGCGUCUGUUCCAUUCAAUGGUUCAUCGUCGGAUAUACCAUUGCGUACGGUGAAGGUCCCGGAGGAAUCGUUGGGGACCUUAGCUAUGCAUUUCAUCGAGGUGUACUUGCUGAGCCGGUUGGUACUAUCCCAGCUGUCCUUUUCAGUGAGUUCCAGCUCGUGUUUUUGGCCACGGUUUGUGCGAUCAGCGUGGGAGGAGCCUGUGAACGUGGUCGGAUUCUUCCAUUGAUUCCUUUCAUCUUCCUCUGGUCAACCUUUAUCUAUUGCCCCCUCGCUCAUAUGGUUUGGGGUGAUGGCUUUCUGGGUGAACUCGGUGUUCUUGACUUUGCUGGCGGGACUCCUGUCCACAUUUGCAGUGGUGCCACGGCCAGUGCACUCAGUCUUUACCUUUCAUACCCUAUCUUCCGAUCUCGAAAAUCGCCAAACAGGACACCAUCCCAUUUGAAGCUGCAUCGCCCUCAUAACUCCAUGUGUCAGUUAUUGGCCAUGAUAAUCAUUUGGGGCUCGUGGCUGGCCUUUGACGCCGGUACCACGCUCACCCUAAGCUUUCAAUCGGUCAUGGCCUUGUGUGUUACCAAUCUCUGUGCCUCUGCUGGCGCCUUGACCUGGGGUUUAAUCACGUACACCGAAACCGGCCGGUGGUCAUUGGACAGCAUCUUCAUGGGAGCCAUUUCGGGGCUUGUCAUGAUCACUCCAGCUGCGGGCUUCAUUGAUCUUCCCACGUCCUUGUUUUUUGGCAUUUUCGGAGCCGUUAUUUGCCGUCAAGCCUUGCGAAUCAAGUUCACGGAAUUUGCUAGGAAAUGGAAGUGGGUGGACAACGGCGACACAUUUGCCACCCAUUGCGUCGGCGGCGUCGUCGGUACUAUCGCAACUGGACUCUUUGCACAAAAGACGGUCGCCGCUUACGGAGGUGUGGAAGUGGAUGGGGGUGUCUUCUUCGAUGGCAACAUCCGCCAACUUGGUGUUCAGGUUGUCGAGGCACUGAUUGGCUUUACAUGGUCUUUCGUGGGCUCAUUCGUGAUCGUCGCAUUGAUCGAUUGCGUUCCAGGCCUCGAGGUUCUGGCGGAGGACAAGGACGUCAACAUGGGCAUGGAUGCAUCCCAAAUGGAUGAGAGUUUGUACGAGGCCCAGUGGGCUGGAGAAGAAGACUACAAGCCCCUUGCAAAUGGCAGCAUUGUCUUGGAAUAG